AUGGAAAACGAAUAAAUCAAUUAAAUGCAAAUAUCGCAAGAAGCUAAAGAGGAAAAGGUUAUAAAAGAUUUACUUUAGAAGAAUAAGUAUGAAUACCAAAAGGUAUUAGUAAAAGGAGAUUUCUCUAUUAUUGUUAUGGCAUAUUCUUACAGAUUACAGUAAUAAGUAGCAAUCAAGAUUAUUUAAAGACUUAAGUAACAAAAUAAAGCUUAUUUACAAGAAUUUUACAAAGAAAUCUAGGUUAUUUAAGUCUUCGAAAAUAAAAAAUAUGCAUUAUAAAUCAUAGAAACAAUUUAAGAUAAGAGAUAAAAGUUUAUUGGAAUAGUUGCAGAGAUUUGUUAAUGCAAUUUAGCUACUAUCCUUGACUUAAAUACCCUUAGCUUUGAACAAGUCUUAGCAUUAACAUAUCAAUUGUUGCACUGUUUACUCUUGUUUUAGAAAUACGACACUAUUCAUAGUGAUAUUAAGCAUGAAAGCAUUUUAUAUAGCAAGUCUAAGAAUCAAUUCAAGAUAGCCAAUUACGGAUUAUCUAAAAUAAAAUCUAACCCUUUUUAUGAAAAAAUCUAAACAUUCGAUGAUGGCAAAUUAUGCUAUAGGUCACCUGAAGUUAUUAAUGGAUUAAAGAUAUAAUUCAAUAUUUCUGUAGAUAUAUACUCAAUAGGAUUACUUUUAACUGAAGCUUUUAUAUAAAGAAAACUUACAAAAGCUGAGUUGGAUGAUUUGAAGGAAAAAGAUUUACUAUCUGUAUUGCAAUUUUUACAUAACUCUGAGCAAAUAUAAUUUAUCUAAAAAAUACUUUCUAAAAUGGUAAACCCAAAUCAGAAUUAAAGACUACAACCUUUAAAUCUUAUCAAAAACUUAAAUGCUUUGUAUAAUAUAAAUGAGGAUUGUCUAAGAGAAUUGAAAUACAAAUCUUCUAAGCUGAAAAAUCUUUCUUUAGAUUAUAUUUAAGAUAUUGUUGAAGCAGUAAAUUACGACAGUUUACAAAUAAAUUUGGUCAAAAAAAAGUAUGGUUUAUAUAUUGAAGAUAUUAGAGGAAUGCCGUUUUAUAAUAAGUUAAUUAAAUGCUAAAAUAUUAUUUCUUUGACACUAAUCAUGAUUAGCGUUAUAGAUUUAGAUGCAAAAAGUCUUGGAUUAAGCUUGCAAAAAUGUCAAAAUAUUGAAAAAUUAAAGCUUCAAUUAUCUGGUUGCAAACUUGAUGAUGAAGGAGUCAAGAGUAUUGGAAUGGGUUUUGAAAAUUCUCCAAAUCUUACUUCAUUGCAUCUUGAUUUAUCUUCUCACGAUAUUAGAAUAUAAGGAAUAAAAAAUAUUGCUUAAAGCUUAUAAAAGUGUCAAAAUAUUUCUGAUUUAGAUUUUUCUUUAGCUUCCUAUAAAAUUGGCAUUAAAUAAAAAAAAGAAGGUAAUAAAAUAAUUGUAAAGAGCUUAGAAAAACUUUAAAAGAUAACUUCUUUAAGUCUAUCUUCUUUAUGCUUAGAAUUUUUAGAAGGAAUAGAAAAUAUUAGAAUCUAUUUAGAAAAUCAUUUAUAAUUGUCUAAAUUAAAUUUAAAUCUUUGUGGUGUUAGAAUGGAAACGGAAUUGUUUAAAAAUCUACUAAAAACAUUAUCAAAAUUUCAAAAUUUAACUUCUUUGAGCUUGGAUAUGAAUUUCAAUUAAUUUCUUAAAAGUGAAGCAAAUGAUGUUAUUCUCAUUAAUAAGAGUAUCACUUAUUUAAAUCUUAAAAUAUAUUCUGACAUAUUUGGUCUAAAUGAAGCUAAAUUUAUUGGAAUGUGUCUAGAGAAUUGUUAAAAUAUCACUCAUUUGUGCCUCAGUGUUUCUCAUUCAAAGGUCGACUUAGAAUAAAUGAAUAUUCUUAGCAUAUCUUUAGCGAGGUUAUUAUAAUGA